AUGCGCUUAACCAUCCAGCAUUACAAACGUCUUAACUCAACAUUAGAUAGGAGGAUAGCAUCCUUGGAGCAACGUCUAUACUCACACACAUCAUGUAACCUACAACUCUACAACCUUAUACGCUGCAUUAUUCACCAACUCAAUCGAGAUUUUUAUUCCUACCUGGUGAAACAUAAAAAUAAGAAACUCAAAAACCUCUGCCCUACCCCUAAACCGACGGCGAACAGCCACGCCCCUUCCGAUACAAAAGUGGUCUGCAUACCUGACACCAUCCCCCUCUCGAGUGAUGAACGAUCUGUCCUAAAAAAAGGCUUGAAAUUUAUACCCCUGAGACCAACCACUGAUAAAUUUACUCUGCUUAGCAGCGCCCACGAGCUCUUCCGCAAACUUAAAAGUAAAGCUUAUUUCGACAACAAUCCCUCAGGUUUUAACCAAGACAACAUUGAAGAUGACUUAUUCUAUAAACUCGCAAAAAGACAGUCGCACUGGACCCCAAAUUUUAAUUCCUCAAAAAACCUCAAUCUGUUUAUCCACCAUACCGAGUACGAACUAAAUAACUUCAAACCGGCCCCAUUAAAACACUCCAACCUCACAGCCGGUGAAUCGCGUGCGCUCGCAUGUUUGAGGACCCGCACGGACAUUGUAAUUAAACCGGCUGACAAAGGCGGGGCUAUCGUUGUAUGGGAUAAAGACCUGUACACAAAAGAGGCAUAUAAACAACUCUCUGACAGUACAUUCUACUCACCGCGUCUUAAGGAUGGGAUCUUAACUAAUAACACAGUUGUUACCAAAACUGUAAACACAUUAAUAGCAUCUAAGAAACUCCCUAAAACAGCAUCUAGCCUACGCAUUUUCGACAGUAAAUUGGGAAGACCUUCAUUCUAUUUACUACCCAAAAUUCAUAAAUCUGGUUGCCCAGGUAGACCCAUUAUAUCAGCAUGCGCCUGUCCUACUGAAACUAUAUCAUCCUUUCUGGACAGUGUGUUUAAACCCAGAGUUGAGGCACUACCAUCGUACCUCAAAGAUACCAACCAUGCGAUUUUAACUUUAGAAUCUUUAAAAUUCACUAGCAAUAAACCGAGAUUAAUUUUCUUAUUAGACGUGGUGUCGUUAUACACCUCGAUACCCCACAAAGACGGUCUACUAGCUAUUAAACACUUCUUUAAUGUGAACCCCCAUCCCUCUAUUGACAGUAAUACCAUACUUAGAUUAACCGAGUUAGUUCUCAACCUCAACUCGUUCGAGUUCGAUGGUCAGUUCUUUGACCAAAUAAGUGGGGUAGCUAUGGGAACUAAAAUGGGUCCUAGUUAUGCGUGUCUCUUCAUGGGUUACCUGGAGGGUCAAAUCCAGGAAAAAUACACUGGCAGAAUUCCAUGUUUUUAUCGGCGGUACAUUGAUGAUGGGUUAGGUAUCACAGAGAUGGCAGAAGAAGAACUGCAAGAUUUCAUAUCAUUCUGCAACAACUACCACCCAAACAUUAAAUUUACCUCUGAAAUUUCAGAGAGUUCUGUUAACUUCCUGGAUAUGACAAUAUCGCUUAACACAACCAACGUUGGGACGACUGUAUAUUACAAACCAACCGACUCACAUUCAUAUCUACUUUACUCUUCGUCACACCCCCCGGCCUGCAAAAAUUCUAUACCAUUCUCACAAUUAUUAAGACUGCGACGUAUUUGUCAAGAUAAUGACGAUUUUCGGAUCAAGGCCCAUGAGCUACUACAGUUCUUUCGACUCCGGUCAUACCCGGAGCAUAUACUCCAGUCAGCACUACACCGCAUAACAACUGUUGACCACCAAGCCUCCCUUCAACAAUUUCCAAAACAAAAGUCAGAUAGAACUAAACUCAUCUUACCCUACCAUCCUCAUUCAGUUUUGGCUAAAAAUAUUAUAAAAAAUUAUUCUAUCCUCAAGUCAGACCCCCAUUUAGGCCAUUUAUUUCAACAGAAUCCUUUGGUUGUGUAUAGAAGGGAACGCAACCUUAGAGACCUUUUAGUUCGCAGCCGCCUGCCACCCACUACCAACACCGGUUUUGGCACCACUCCUUGUCCCCGUAAAUGCAAUACAUGUCUUUUCACCCUUCAGGUUGAAUCACUCCAGCUGCCGAAGGGAACCCUCAAAAUUAAAAAUCACUUCAACUGUGAGUCCCGCAACGUAGUUUACGUCAUCAAGUGCAGGCGUUGCAACAUUUUUUAUAUUGGACAAACGGGGAAAAGAUUGUCUGACAGGGUUAGCCAACACCUGCGAUCAAUCAACAAUGAAGACAGUCUUCCUGUGGCCAAACACUUCAACAAGAGUGGGCAUGACUUAAAAAAGGACUUUUGUAACAAAUCCGAUGCUGCUAAAGCUGUCAGCGCAACAUUUGUUGAUGAAUCAAAGCCGUUGUAG